AUGGAAACGGAAGGUGUAUUGCAGUACCGACUCCUCGGUGCUCAUCCUGCCGCCUCGGGUCGAUAUCACAGUUUUGGAUUUAGUGGCGAUACCGUUUCUCUGGCUUCCGUUGUGCAGGAUAUUGUGAAACAGCAUCAGAUAAAUCUCACAAAGUAUAAACUAGAAGUUCGUCGCUUUGUUCCAGUGAGCAGUGAACGCCCUGAGGCUUCAGCGACCCCGGUGAAUAAUGAAAAGGAUGCAUUGCAGAUGAAUAGUGUCUUGCAUAGUUAUGAUAGAAUUGUGGUGAAUGUGUCUAGACGACACUACCUGGAUGGGACGGCGGAAUUGGCCCAAGAGGAGAACGCAACACCUCAAGACUCACUAAAGCAGGUGGAGGGCCUGCUGCAUUCCAACGAGGAAGUUUGGCAUGAAGACAAGGCGAAUGCACAAUCUAGAAAACAAACCGUGAAUACAAGUACAGAUGAUCCACAUGCUUUUAGUCGCGUUACUGCACUCUCUAAUAAGGCGUUCCCGCUGAUCCCUUGGUUGCGAAAACGGUACACCAAUAGAACAACAUUAUUACCUACUCCAACAAAAGGAAUAUGUGUUCUCUGUGAGAUGGAAUGCUUUGAAGAGAUUGUUCUUCCUUGUUGCCAUUUCUCCACUUGUAAAUGUUGCUUAGAACUCGCUAAAACAAUGCUUACCAACGAGGAAGAAUGUCCAGUCUGCGGAGCAGCAAAAAAUGCAAAAAAUACUCUUAAAGGAGGCGUAAACACUACACUGACACCAAUGAAGCAGGAAAACCAAAGUUCUUCUCUUACUCACACAAAAACAUCAGAUCAUAUCACCGAUUAUAAUGCGAAAAACAAGAAUAAUAACAAACAGGUAGAUAAAUAUACCAUGUCUCGUCAGAGAAUAGCAUUAGGAUCCUCUACAAAAGGAACAAAACCAGGUUCUUCUAAUAAUAUAAACCUAGCUGUUGCCUUUGAAAGCGAUCUAACAAAAAACAUGCCACGUAUACUUUCACUGCUGGAUGUGGCUGAUCCGCUAACUGCAGAGGCAAAGAAACGGCGUCGAAUAAGUGCAGUGGUAGCGAAGUGUACAGACCGGUGA